AGUCGAGUCUUGCGAUGUGGCUGUUAGCUAGCAGGAAUGAUGAUCACUGCGCUCCACUCGUGUGGAUCAUAGUGUGAGCGACUUUGAAGUACUCUCCGAACAUAUUUAAGUAGGGAUGUCCUCUAGCAUGAUCAUGCUACGGCAUAUCCUCGCACCUAGACCAUUACACAGGCUCACAUAUAGCUGCCAUGGCUUUCAGACCUGUUGAAGAACCGAAAACAGAGCUUGGCCGCUAUCGCGUCCUCUCUAGCAAUGCUGGAGUACGUGUCUCUCCCCUGGCUCUGGGAGCAAUGUCUUUGGGGACAGAAUGGGCCCAUCUCCUAGGCGGAGUUACCAAAGAGGACUCGUUCAAGCUGUUGGACUACUACGUGGAGUCGGGCGGCAACUUCAUCGACACCGCGAAUAAUUACCAGAAUGAAGAGUCCGAGACAAUCAUCGGGGAUUGGAUGUCUGCCCGAGGCAACCGUGAUCUGCUUUUCAUUGCCACAAAGUUUACCAACGCAUUCCGUACCCACGAUCUUGGCACUGGAAAGACUGUCAACUAUGGCGGCAACCACAAGAAGUCACUUAUGCUUUCGGUCAAUGCUUCUCUGCAAAAGUUACAUACGGCAUAUAUCGACCUACUUUAUGUCCACUGGUGGGAUUGGACUACCUCUAUCGAGGAGUUGAUGGAUUCACUUCAUAUUCUGGUCGAACAAGGGAAGGUCCUGUACCUGGGCAUCUCUGACACGCCUGCCUGGGUUGUGGCUGCCGCGAACACUUACGCCAAAGCACAUGGCAAGACACCAUUCUCCGUCUACCAGGGCCGCUGGAGCGUGAUGGAUCGUGACUUUGAAAGGGAUAUCAUCCCCAUGGCGCGUCAUUUUGGCAUGGCGUUGUGCCCGUGGAAUGUGCUGGGAGGGGGAGAGCUCAAAAGCAAGGCGCAGCUCGAGGCUCGUAAGCGUGAGGGUGACAGUGCUCGAUUCAGCGAGCAGAGCGAGUAUGCUCAAAAGGUCAGCGAGGCUCUGGCGAAAGUGGCUGCCGAGCACGGAACCGAUAGCGUUCAGCAGAUUGCUCUGGCGUACGUGAUGAGGAAGGCUCGAAACGUCUUUCCGCUGGUUGGGUGCCGCAAGCAAUCGCACCUAGAAGACAACAUUAAUGCAUUGAGUAUUCACUUGACAGAUAGCCAGGUUCAAUACCUCGAGAGCGUCAAGCCCUUUGACAUUGGCUUCCCGCUGAACUUUAUUGGCGACGAUCCUAAGGAGACCGGUGGAUACCCACAGUUGAUGGAGAGCCUUAUCGGGGCCAAGCUCGCGUUACCAAGCCCGCCAAAGCCAGCCGGUUACUAGGAAUGUUUUACUGACUAGAGAAUCUUGGAAAAUAAAAAGUUUACUGGGUUGAAGGAGCAACUGGAUAAGACAUCCGUUCACAGCUGUUAUUGCGUUAUGCUCCAGUGUGAACUUUUCUGUGGGCGUUUAUCUUCAGGCCCCCUACGAAUCUUAGAUGAGUUCGCAAGCUGUGCACCAGACCCGAGUCGGACCCUCAACAGUAUCUAGGUUAUGCUAGUUUAUUGAGAUGGCAUUCUCAAUUCUACAACGCGACUUCAAAUCGUUUUCACAGUAAACUCGUAUAGCAAUUCCAUAGCAAAUCUCAAACAUCUGAACCCUCCC